AUGCUGCCAAGGCUCUACAGACCUCUUUGGCGGCUAAAUCAAUUGAGAACCAUCACUGCCGCCACUCCCAAACCGAAGCCCGGCAAAUCGGAAGGUCUUUACGAGCCAGUUUUGAUCGACAAACGACAAUAUCCGGAGUUCGAAAAUGUGAAUAUUCGCCUGCAGGGCUACGACUACGGUCCUUUGGAGAAGUAUCAGCACUUCGUGCACACAAUGGCCAAGCAUUUCAAGUUCAAGGUUGAUCUGAGGUCAGUUCUGCUAUUUUAGUUGAAUUUUUCGAAGUUUAGGUACAAAGCUGUUUAGAAUGGAGUUUCGCUAGGCGUAAAUGCCAAGAAAAACGAUCUCAGAGUUGCAGAGAAGGCUACUGAUGUAGUCUAAGACUAAUUUUUGAUGUUUUAGCUACGCUGUUUCCUCCACAACUGAGCGAAUCACAACUCUGAAGCCAAAUUCCACUGUUGUCGACUCAGAAAUCGAACUCCACACCUACGAUCGAUGGAUUCGAUUGUCCUCGGUGUCUGCCGUCCGUCUACAGCUGUUCAUCAACUUUAUUCAAACUCAUCUACCAUCGGGCGUCAAAUUGACGGCGAAGGUUCAUGAAAAACAAGAUGAGGACUAUCGAUACAUUCCCGAUCUGCUGUUGAAAGCGCGACAAGAGGAACUCAAGAGUCUGGACGACCCAGUGGUACGAAGGAAUCUUGGAUGGGAGUAA